GCUUGCUGAUGUCGACUUCUUGCCAUUUUCUUCUCCUCAACACCUGCGGUAGUAGGCUUCAGGCUUCAGGCCGCCGCUUCUCUGCUUAAUAUCAGAAUAAAGAAACUGGUUGGAAGGGCAGAUUCGACAAAAAGUCGUUGAUGGCUUUGAUAGUGGCUGCAAGCUGCAUGUGUGUGCUUGAUUGCCUGAGAACAAUGCAGUAGUUGUUUGCUUGGGUGCAUGUGCACAGUGGCAUGAAUAAAUUCGGCUCUCGUUGGGCGGCGACGGCCCUGGUGAUCGUGGUCGGGGCCGUUCUUCUAGCCUUCUAUGGCACAACGAGGAAACCUCAGGAGCUCUUGCUACUCCAGAACGCUGUAAAGCAGCUCCUAACGUGCACGGGGCCAGGAUGUGGGGCCAACGAUGUCGCUUCCGGUCCAGAGUGGUACAGGGAUGUACAGACGGUGCCGUUGGAUGCGAAGAAGCUGGAGGCAGGGAGUAUUACCUGGACUCAGGCGGCAGCGGACGUCAUCGUCGGGGAGAUUGUGAGGGUGCAGUUUCCUGAAAACUGCAGCUCCACCAAGUGGCUAGCAAUCCAGCAGCUGAGCGAUGACGUCCUGUACGAGUACCAGAACUUCCUGGCGCUCCUCGUCUUUGGCGCCUCGCUCGGCUACACAGUCGUUCCGAUCCAUGACAGCCCCAUGCUGCCUUAUGCCACCUGUCGCGACAAGAGCCUGCACUGUUACUUCCAGCCUUUCACGAAGUGUUCCCUAUACAAUGAACCGGAGCGUCUAGUCCGAUUUGGGGACGCAUUUUAUGAGUACACACACGGGCGCGACUUUCUGCACCGUGAUAUGGGGAAGGUGGUGAGAGGGGACUGGGGAGACCAGUUGCUGACGCUCAUACCGUAUGGACCACACUACCCCAACGAACAGCCGUACAAACAUGAGUGGCUCUCGGCCCUGUGGGAGCGUCUUGCCGCCACAGGCGACGUCACGGUCGUGGGGGGGGGCCAAGCCAGCCCAGAACACAUCGAAGCGAUGGUGUUCAGCGUUGUCUCGGACUGGAUGUUCAAGCCGGUGGGGAGGAUUGAGGAUCAGGCAGCGGCGAUUUUAGCGCAGCAGGGGGGGACGAAGUACCCCGUUCUGGGCCUGGAGAUGCGCACCGGGUAUGGCGGGGGCCCGGAGAGGUUUGGGGACCUUGGCCAGGUAGACGUGCUGGCGUACGACGGGAAGAAGAUGGGGCGACUCAUCAAGGAUCUGCGGUGGGCGUUUAAAACCGGUGCCGACAAUGCGGGCCACUCCUGGAAUUCGUCCUUCGUCAUCACCGACUCGGACUUUUUCUUAGAAGAGCUGAUUGAGAAAUCGGACACGCUCGGCGUGGCCGCGGCCUCUAACAUCCUUUACGACCAGCUAGCGGCGGACAAGAGUGACGUCGUCGUUCGAAGGGGGUUGAGAGGCCGGGGGACCCCCCUGGGCGGUUUUGGCAAGCAGAGGCGGCUACGGCAGAAGCUCGGAGGAGGCUUACCGGGCGGAGAUGAAAGUCGGAGAGAGUUGUGGUCGUCGAGUAGCCGACCUGGAAACGGUGCAGUUAGUGGGGUGUCUGAUGCAGGGGUAGGGCAGAGAGACAAAGUUAAUAGAAGCGGACUUUCUACUUUGUACAACAGAGUGUCAGAGGCGUUUAGCGGUACACAUUGUGGGAGUCUGAGCUCCAACGACUCUGUUACUUGUAGGAGCUUAGUCCGCUUGUGCCGAGUACUUUCCUCACUCGGCCACCAAUUGAUUGAUAGAGUUCAAGGACCUAAGAAGGGUCUCGGUCUAAUAACAGCAAUAGAGAUGGCGACUCCGUUUGAUCAUGCGAGGCUGAGAAGCUUUCCUGCGUCUCGCCGAAAGCUGAGCCAAGUCGACGCCGUCGACAGCAAGCCGCCUGUAGAAACUUCAGAUUCUCCUCUCCAGAAAGCUGGCGCGAGUAAGGAACUAGAGACGGGGGAUUUGUUUGGACGUCCGGAGAGCGGCCAGGACUGGUCCGGGCCCGAGGCUCGCCGGCACGCCGAGGACCGCGCGCUAGCGAACGCGCUCAUCCUUUCACGGCUGUCCGACUACGCAAUUAUCUCCUCACGGUCCAACGUAGGCAGGUUAGCCGCCCAGGUCAUCAGCGCCCGUAAGCGGGUUACGCAAACCGGGCCACUGGGGCCGGUUGUGCACUCUACCACGGGGGGUGGAUUGGUUAACCCGCUGGGCGCGAGCGCGGGCCCCGGGCUGCCAGGUGGCACUCUGAGAUGGAGCAACACGGUCGAGAAGUUGGUGUACGAGGAACUAGAUCGGACGCAGUUCCCAGAGGACUGCGAAAAUGCUCGGUGGCUGAUGACCAGGCCGCACAAUCAAGGCGUUGCCCUCAACUUCCACUCAUAUCAAAUGGCACUCCUCCUGGCGGUCUCCCUCGGGCGCACCCUCGUCGUCGAUUCUUCGGAAGCUCCACAGCAGCCGUCCGAUAGCGGUGCCUGCGUCCUUGAAACGCUCGAAACGCUCUUCGAGCCCCUCUCCGGUUGCAAGUACGAUGCCCCGAGCGUGGGCGACUCCGAGGUCACGCUGACGUGGCAGGGGGCAAUGGUGACGUCAGCGGAGGCGGCGCAGAAGCGGGUCGUUCGGCUGGAGACGGUCGUCCCGACGCCGAGCGGGUUUGUCGACCGGGGGGAGUCGUGGGUGGAGCCCACGUGGUGGGAGGCCUUCCUCGAGAAUCUCAUCGUGGCAGGCAAUCUGCGGCUGGAGGGCGGGGGCGACGUCCACGGGGCCCCGUUCUUGGACCUGCACUUCAUGCUGUGGUCCAUCACGACCCAGUGGAUGUGGCGGCCGCAGGCGCGCGUACGCGAGAUUACUGACGCAAUCAAGUGCGCGUGGCCCGACAGGAGAGAGCCCACCGUGGCUGUGCACGUCAGGAGAACGGACAGGGGGUGGGGCGACGGUUUCUUCCGCGAGCAUCACCGGUUCCGGGACCUGGGGGAUUACGGCAGGGCAGUGGAAAAGCUCGAGGCGGACUGGGGCAUCCACUGGCCGAGCGUCUUCCUCUUUACCGACACCGCGAGCGUUCUCCGGCAGGCGGCCGCAAACGCGACCGAUCUCGGCUUCACGGACUCGGAACGGCAAGUGAUGUACAAUCCUCUGGUGGAACUGGACCCCAUCACGGUGCACCAAAGCCAUCUGAACGUGCCAUGCCCGCAGAGGAACCAGAUCAUGCAACACUAUGUAGCAGAAUUGACACUUGCGGCAGAGGAGGCGGAUUAUGCUGUGUUUGCGGGGUCGGCGAGCGGGGCACGCAUAGUGUGGGAGAUAAUGGCCGCGCAUAGGCAGUUUGGGCAAACGAAAGCAGACGGCGACCUCGUGCACUCACUGGAUACUGGAUGGUACUAUGAGUGGUAAUUUUGUCCAUCAUGCAACAGGUUUGUCAAACUGAGUUGUGGUUCUCGAUGGUAUCACAAUGAUAGAAUGCCCUUUUCUUCGGAGAAGAGACGCCACUGUUUAAUUGCUGGGCUCCUGCUUACCAUCGAGCUAGCUACCAUGAACCAUGUUUCUUGCAGCCGC